AUGAAAUUCCUGAAAUCAGCUAAUCUAAGCGCUACUCAUUUCAUGAUUGGCAGCCGAAUUCAGCAAUCGCCCGGCGACUUUGCGGUUGCACUGGAUCAAGGGGGACAUGUCGGCGUCCAUACAUGGAGUCAUCCUCUCAUGACAACCCUGAACGACACCGCUGUUUUGGGUGAACUCGGUUGGACUCUUCAAAUCAUAUUUGAUUUGAGUGGCGGAAGGUUGCCCGCUUUUUGGAGACCUCCAUGGGACGUUGAUAACCGAGUUCGGGCUAUUGCAAAAAACGUUUUUGGCUUGCAGACGGUCAUCUGGAAUCAAGACACUAAUGACUGGUGUUUAACUCCUCAAAACACAAACACAUGUGGAGCCGAAGGACCUUCGAAUGAAGCAGCUCUUGAUCUUGAGAUGUCACGUUUUGUAAACAUGCCAAAGAACCCAGGAUUGAUAAUACUAGAGCACGAGUUGACUAUCCAUUCAGUCCGCGGAUUUACACAUGCAUGGCCAGCGAUUCAAAAGGCCGGGUGGGAUACGCGACCCAUCCCAUCACUUUUUAACAUGUCCUGGUAUCAAAAUGCGAACGGGGCUUUUGAUGAGGCCAUUCACCUCAACAGUUUAUUGAACGCAUCUGAAGUCGUGGCGUUCGCCCGGGCACGGUUGACGGACGCUUCUAAUAACACAUCUUCAAACUCUCAAAUGAACUCCACCGUACCAGUUUCCGCUGGCACAAACCCUCCACAAGUUCGAGGAAGUAUAUCCGGGACAUCGCAUGAAGAAUCGGCCUUUAGAAUUCUACCAUUGAUAGUCUUACAAGCCGGCCUGAUCCUUAUCUUGAUUUAG